ACACUCACUGCCCAGAAAGCAGUCGAGUCUCCUUCAUACACACAUCCAACUCUCCAUAAUGUCGACACCACAACCACCUACGACGCUCCCCUCCUCCACAUCCGACAUAUCCAUAACCAACUCAUCAUCAUCCUCAGUCCACGAAGACAACCCCAACAGCCUCCAACCCAAACGCCCACGCCUCCACUCGCGGAAAUCAAGUGGCACGAUAAUAGUACCGCGAGAGCACCCAAAGGUGGAACUAAACGAAGACGACGAGGAGUUCGACGAGGAUGAUGCCCGAGCCAUGAGUCCGAGACGGAGCAGUCAAGACCUGGAGAAGAUGAGCGAAGAAGCCCGAGAACAACUGAACGAACACGCAAAAACCCUCCAAAUCUCCCUCCUAGAAAUCUUCAACCGCAUCGAAGCCGUAAAAGAAGAACACGACAAGCUAGACAACAACAACAAGUUCCUGCAAAAAUACAUCGGCGACCUGAUGUCCACGUCGAAGAUAACAUCCACCGGCGCCUCGGGCCGGAAGAAGUAAUCCUUCUCUUUUCUCCUCCAACACCCACCUUGUACACACAAACA